CCACAAGCAUGCAGACCUGGGCACUAGCUGCCCAGCAGCUAGGGCAUCCUAGCAAGGGCCCUGUCUGUGGCUCUCACCCCACUCUGAUGAGUGGGUGGGUGAGAAGCAUCCAGGCGCUGCAGUCAUGGACUCUACUUGUUGGUGGCUAGGCAGAGCAGGGCUGGUGCUGGGUGGGUUAUUCAAAAUCCAGUUUAUGUCAUGCGGCCUGGAUACAGGUUGGGAUUCAUACAAGAAGGCUGUUAAUUUCACGUGGCUAAACUGAUCAAAUGAGGGUAGAAAUGAGAGGGGCAAAAGGUGACUUAAAUUUCUCUCUCCCGCUUGGCGUUUGUCCCAUUAAUGGAUGCAGCCCUGAGCGUGCUGUCGGAGAGCUUAGAGGCCAUGACAAAGCCAAUUCAAGCGGGCAAGAUCUUAGCAGACUCAUCAAAACUAAUUUGGGCUUUGAAGAUCUUAAUGGCCAUAACAAAUUGUCUGUGGCGGCAUGGAGGCUGGUUUAGAUCCUCGAAAGCUCCAGUAGAUCCUAGUGGCUGGGUCGGAGCCAGUUUAGCUCAGGAGAGCACAUUGCACCAUCCUCUGACAAAAGACAUACCACAGCAGUGCUUCGCUUUAGCAAGAACCUGACCCAUUGUAGACCAAAUGGAGGUGUGGGGUCUGGAUGGCACAGCAAUUGCAUAUGAGAAGGUGUUGGUGCCAUUUGCUCCAGGAGCAAUCCCUGUUGCAUUCAGCGUGGAUGGGUUUGUUUCCUUUUUCAAACGAACAGAAGUGCUGGCGAGGAUGUCUUCAGUGCUGGCAGAAGACCAGGCAGUGUUUUAUCCUGGACUACAUAUCCUUCAGUUUCUGCAGCUAGGAAGGCGAACACUUUCGCAAUGAAAUUGUGGCAGGUUUGGUCCAUCAAAGAGCCGGAGCAACGAGCCAACGCCUGCUCCCCUGUGUGACCGAAAGAGUCCUUUAUAUCGCUCUGUGUGGACGGAAGGGGAGCGGAUUUACCUGCCUUUUCCAUGCACCCCAGCAUUCAAAGCAAAGCAUCCCAAGAUUCCAGCGACAGAUGGAUCUCUCGCUCGCACGCUCGCUAUCUAUGUUUUUGUUUUCAAGAUGUUUGAUCUGAAGUUCUGAAGUGUCUCAGAGGGGACCCAAGAAAGGGGGAGGAGGAGCAAUCCAGGGAGCCCAGCGACAGAAGAGGAGUCACCUCAUGGUGGUCACGGGGGAAGGUGGGGAGGGUGUGUGGGGGUGUUGUUCCUGAGUCUUGAAGUUUUGUUGGUUAAUUUUUGUUUUGCUUUAAAGAGAAGCACAGAUUUCUGUCCCUGCCCUUCUGGUCCGGGAUUGGGAGCUGCAAGCAGGAGUGGAUUUUGCUCUUUGUUGCUCUGCAAAGGGAGGGACAAGAAAAAUGUUGGUGAGGGCACCGGAUAGAACUGAGGCGCCUGUGCCCUCCUAUCACUAAGCACCCAAGGAGUGUUGCCUCUUAUCUUCUCCCUUUGCUCCUCUCCCUUUGCUCUCCAGAGGCUUGUUUCCUGUUCUUGCCCGUGGGGGGGAGGUGGGGUGCCGCACCCGAACAUGCUGCGCCUGGGUUUGUGGGCGGCCGCCCUGAUCUGCGUGUUCUCCCCCGGCACGGUGCAUGGCGACUGCUGGCUGAUCGAGGGGGACAAGGGUUACGUGUGGCUGGCCAUCUGCAGCCAGAACCAGCCGCCCUACGAGACCAUCCCCCAGCACAUCAACAGCACGGUGCACGACCUGCGCCUGAAUGAGAACAAGCUCAAGGUGGUGCUGUACUCCUCCCUCAACCGCUUCAGCAACCUCACCGACCUGAACCUGACCAAGAACGAGAUCUCCUACAUUGAGGACGGGGCCUUCCUGGGGCAGGCCAACCUGCAGGUCCUGCAGUUGGGUUACAACAAGCUCACCAACCUGACGGAGGGCAUGCUGAGGGGCAUGGCCAGGCUGCAGUUCCUCUUCGUGCAGCACAACCUGAUUGAGGUGGUCACACCCACUGCCUUCUCCGAGUGCCCCAGCCUGAUCAGCAUCGACCUGUCCUCCAACCGGCUCAGCAGGCUGGAGGGGAACACCUUCACCAGCCUGAGCAACCUGAUGGUGUGUGAGCUAGCUGGCAACCCCUUCAACUGCGACUGCAGCCUCUACAGUUUCCUCACCUGGCUGGUGGUCUUCAACAAUGUCACCAAGAACUACGACCGGCUGCAGUGUGAGACGCCCCGGGAAUUUGCUGGCUACCCGCUUCUGAUGCCUCGACCGCACCAUAACCGCAACGCCAUCACCAUCUUCCAGUCCAUGUGCCGGGGCGGCACCAUCCCGUCCCUCUCAAGGAUCAAUCCCACCCCCUACACACCCGACUCCCAGAGAGACCUGGAUGAGAACUCAGGAUUCAACCCUGGGGACUUCCUCUCCGUCGAACCUCCGGCUUCUUCCACCACCGACUCCUCAUUCAACCCCAGCAUCAAGCUGCACCAUGUGACCAUCAAUUCAGCCACCCUUGUGGUGACGAUCCCCUCGCCCUUUAGCAAGAUGUACGUGCUGGUCCAGUACAACAACAGCUACGUCUCCGAUGUUACGACCCUGAAGAAUAAGAAGGAAUAUGUCACCCUGAACAAGCUGAAGGCCCACACGGACUACACCUUCUGUGUGGCCUCCAUCCGCAACUCCAAGCGCUACAACCACACCUGCCUGUCUUUCGCCACCAGGAGCAAGGGGAGGGAGGACCCAGUGCCCAAUACCUCCACCACCACUCACUACAUCAUGACCAUCUUGGGCUGUCUCUUUGGGAUGGUCAUCGUCCUGGGAGUGGUGUACUACUGCCUGCGGAAGCGAAGGAUGCAGGAAGAGAAGCAGAAGUCCCUCAAUGUUAAGAAGACCAUCCUAGAGAUGCGCUAUGGCUCGGAUAUCGACACCAGCUCCAUUGUCCAUUCUUCGCAGAAGCUGGGCGAGCCACCCGUCAUCCCCGUCUCGCGGAUGUCCUCCAUCCCUUCCAUGAUUGGGGAGAAGCUGCCCUCUUCCAAGUCAAUUGAGGCUGGGAUGGAGACUCCCAAAGUUACCACCAAGGGCAACUACAUUGAGGUGAGGACGGGCGGUGGGGAUGGACUGGAGCGAUCCCAGCGGGAUGACGAUCUGCGUGAGCUUGACAAUGGUCAAGGCUCGGCAGCUGAGAUCUCCACCAUCGCCAAGGAAGUGGACAAGGUCAACCAGAUCAUCAACAACUGCAUUGACGCCCUCAAGCUGGACACAGCCUCCUUCCUAGGAGGAGGGAGCGGCGUGGAUUCAGACAUGGGCUACGAGUGCCAGUCCAUCCCCGCCGGCUCCUCAGGAGGGCUGGAGCGGCCCGGCUUCCUGUCGCCGUCCUACAAGGAGAGCUCCCACCACCCCUUACAGCGCCAGCUGAGUGCAGAUGCGGCUGUGACCAGGAAGACCUGCAGCGUCUCAUCCAGUGGCUCCAUCAAGAGUGCCAAGGUCUUCAGCCUGGAUGUGCCCGACCACCCGCCAAUGAGCAAGUCGGAUUCCAAGUACAUCGAAAAAGGCAGCCCACUCAACAGCCCCCUGGAUCGUCUUCCCUUGGUGUCCCCGGGCGCCAUCCACCACCUGGAGGUAAAACCUUCCUAUCAUUGCAGCGAGCACCGACAUUCUUUCCCGGCCCUGUACUAUGAGGAGAGCGCUGACACCCUGAGCCAGCGGGUGUCAUUCCUUAAGCCGCUCUCCCGCUCCAAGCGGGACUCCACGUACUCCCAGCUCUCCCCCAGACACUACUUCUCGGGCUACUCCUCCAGCCCCGAGUACUCCUCUGAGAGCACUCACAAGAUCUGGGAGCGCUUCCGGCCUUACAAGAAGCACCACCGGGAGGAGGUUUACAUGGCGGCUGGCCAUGCCCUGCGGAAGAAAGUCCAGUUUGCCAAGGACGAGGAUCUGCACGACAUCCUGGAUUACUGGAAAGGAGUCUCUGCUCAGCAGAAAUUGUGACUCUCUUUAAAAGGAAAGAAAAAAAUCCAACAACCACCAACAAAAGAACCACUUGACUGUGAUCAAAAACCGAACAGCCCCCUCUUCCCUCAACAAAAACGAACUGAGAACCGUUUCUUAAAAAGUUUACAAAAAAAAAAAAAGAAAGAAAGCAAACAAAAAACAAACUCCUGCAAUGAAUUGUCUUUCCUGUGUUACGGGGACCACUCUUCCUCCUGCAGCUGAUUGGGAGGAGCUACCUGCUUUGACACUGUGGUAAUGACGCUGGGGGCUAGCGGGAGGGAAGGAUGAAGAAGGGGGAUAGGCAUGCGAGGGGGGCAGAGAAGGAUGCUAACCAGGCCUAGACUAAACCACUAACCAUUGCUUUUAUGUUCCUGUUGUUAUUUUGUUCCAGAUUGGGGGGAGGGGAAGUUAAGGUUGGGGGUGGGGCUUCUGUUUGUUCCCUUGAGGGGGCAGCCCCAACCAUGCAUUCUCAUCAAGAGAAAAUGGGGGAUGUCACGAAGCAGAGAGCCCCUCCUUGGCAUUUUGUGGGAUCGGGGGUCUUCAAGGCUUCCUCCCACCUCCCCAAGACAUGUGGGGCUUGUAUAGACUCUAGCAUGUAACUGGAGGCUUUCUCUCCUUUUCCUCCCCCAUGGACUCCAGUGGGGUUUCCUGAACCUGGGGGUGUGUUUCCUGGCUCAUGACCACAUCCGCCUCCCUCGUUCACUGAGGAAAGGGGGGUAGGGCGCACAGCACGGGGCUCUUCCCAACCGUGUAUUUUGGAAGAGGGGUCACCCGCUUUCUCAGGCCCUGGGAAUCUCCCACCCCCACCUUCAGCCAAACAGUCCAGUUGUCUUCCAGGAAAUGCUGGGGAGCAUGUUCUCUGGCAUGGCAGAGUGGGGCUUGCUAAUGGCAGGGUGAGGCGGGGGUGAGGAAGAAGGUGGGAGUUCCCGACUGCGCUGAGAUCUGAAGGGUUCCCCUCUCCCCCCUUCUUUCCCGCCCUGUCCCCGAGCCGGGCAGGGGCAUGCAUCUCCCACUUCUUUCAGUUGUGCUGCAGAUUCUGCACCCCCCUCUCCCUUGCAUUUUGGGGGGGGGGGCAGGAGGGAGAUCAGACUCUUGAGGAAGGCCUAGGGGAGGAAUAACAAUCACAGGGUGCUCCUAUGCCUCCUCCCACCCAGCUAGACCAGAGCAGGGACCCCUCUCCUGGGGGGGAGGGGCAUUUGUAGAACAGGUGGAUGUGACCAUUUUCUAUUACACUGCAAGUAUGAAAGGGCUGGGUCUGGAUAGGACCGUGGGUGGGGCCUGUGUUUCCCAUGAAUGGGGCACAUGUGCCUCCCAUGGAGAGGAGAGAGCUCCGGGCUUGGAGGAGAGGGGGUAAAAUAUGGGAGGGAGGUAGAGAGUGGGGAAUGGCCAGGGGAAAUAGGGCACAGCCCAGGAGAUUGGUUCUGAUUCUAGGAGGGGGUGAUUUCCUGGGCUCUCCCUUUGUGGGCCCUGCCAUGGUCGUGGCGUUAGAGUGGGAGGGUUGUUAGCUCCUGGACUGAGCUCUCUCACUGUCCUCUGCAAAGCUCCAACUGGCCUUCUCCUCCCCUAUUCAGCUGAUCCUCUGGGUGCCACUCACCACGGUGCCCACCCAUCUGAGGGAAUCCUCAAUGGGCCUGCAAACCCCGUGUGCCCAGCCCACUCCCCUCCCAGCAUUGCUCCCCUGGACUUGGGCCCUAGCUCCCCACCAACUUGGGCCCUUGCUUCCCCACCCCUGUCUUGGAACACACCAACAAAGCACAAUGUUUGGCACCCACCAGAUCUGUGGCUCUUUCCUCUGGCCUGCGGGGACGCUGCUUCCUGUGCGACUGGCCACCCCCCUCCCUGAUCUUUGACAAUCUUUCCCUUUUCUCAGAUGGGAGGAGGGCUGAGGCCUCCCCUCCCUUUCCUCUAAUGCUGUCUGAACCUGUCAUUGCUGGGGGGGGGGGGG